AUGAGCUCGAGCUCUAUCACAUCAUGCAGCGUUGGUGAGCGUGGUAUACCUUCGAAGUGCAUUUGUGGCUUAGGGGUCACGACUUCUACAUCUAAAACGCAAGAAAACCCGGGAAGUCCUUUCUUUCGUUGUGCAAGCAAGCAGGAUGUCAACUCAUGCACAAGCAAAAAAGACAGUCAUUUGUUUAAGUGGGUUGAAGAUGCCGUGUUUGAAGAAGUAGAAGAUGCUUUACCAAGACUAGCCAUUAUUGCAGAGGAGAUAAGCAAAACCAAAGCAGAGGUCAAUGAGUUAAACGUUGUGAUGAAAGAAUUGAAGGAAGAAGCAAAUUUCAGCAAAAAGGAACUCCAAAAGUGUAAAUUGUGCUUGAAAGUCUGUUUUGUGUGGUUUUGUGUUAUCACCAUUGUAUUGGGUUAUGUAUUGUUUAGGGAAGGUGAUAAGAAGAAACUGAUGUUAGGUUAUUGA